AUGGCCGACAUCGCUGUCGACUCGUACGCAAACACUGUGCCGCCGCACAAGAAACAGCUCUCAUCAUCCAUCCCAAACAUCGAAUCGCUCGAAGGCAUGGGCGCCGACUCUGACGACCAAUACUCCACAUUCAAAAAGCUCCAGAGACAGCUCGAGUGCGUUCUGCAAGAAGAGUACAUCAAGGAUGAGCAAAGAUCGCUGAAGAGGGAGCUUGUGCGCGCACAGGAGGAGAUCAAGAGGAUACAGAGCGUGCCGCUUGUCAUCGGACAGUUCAUGGAGGCUAUCGAUCAGAAGUGCGUAUGCUUGACACCGGACAGAGUAUCACAUGCUAACCGCUACCNNAGCACCGGAAUUGUACAAUCGUCAACCGGAUCCAACUAUGUCGUGCGCAUCCUCUCAACACUCGACCGUGAGCUUCUCAAGCCCUCAUCUUCCGUUGCCCUUCAUCGCCACUCGAACUCCCUCGUCGACAUUCUUCCCCCAGAGGCAGACUCUUCUAUCGCUAUGCUUGGUGCAGACGAGAAGCCGGAUAUCUCCUACGCUGAUGUCGGAGGAUUGGACAUGCAAAAGCAGGAAAUCAGAGAGGCUGUUGAGUUGCCCCUUACACACUUCGAUCUCUACCACCAGAUCGGUAUUGACCCUCCUCGUGGUGUCCUCCUCUACGGCCCUCCCGGUACCGGAAAGACCAUGUUGGUUAAGGCUGUUGCCAAUAGCACUACAGCAUCCUUUAUCAGAGUUGUUGGUUCUGAGUUCGUCCAGAAGUAUCUGGGUGAGGGUCCUCGCAUGGUCAGAGAUGUUUUCCGCAUGGCUCGCGAAAACAGUCCUUGUAUCAUCUUCAUCGAUGAGAUCGACGCCAUUGCCACCAAGCGUUUCGAUGCUCAGACCGGUGCCGACAGAGAAGUUCAACGUAUCUUGCUGGAGCUGCUCAACCAGAUGGAUGGUUUCGAUCAAACCAGUAACGUCAAGGUCAUCAUGGCCACCAACCGUGCCGACACUCUGGAUCCUGCCCUCCUCCGUCCCGGUCGUCUCGACAGAAAGAUCGAGUUCCCCAACCUUCGCGACAGACGUGAGCGAAGAUUGAUCUUCAGCACCAUCGCCAGCAAGAUGAGCUUGAGUCCCGAAGUUGAUCUUGACAGUCUCAUUGUUCGCAACGAUCCCCUCAGUGGUGCUGUCAUCGCUGCCAUCAUGCAGGAGGCUGGUCUGCGAGCCGUCAGAAAGAACCGCUACAACAUCAUCCAGCAGGAUCUCGAGGACGCCUACACUAGCCAGGUCAAGGGAGCGUCGGAGGCCGACAAGUUUGACUUCUACAAGUAA